GGGAAAUGUAUGGUCGCAUUUCAGAGAAGGAAAAAAAGUGUUCCUUGUAACGCAAUGUAUGAAAAAUCUAAAAAAAGUAUACAAUUUAAGCAGCCAUAACUUGAUAAAAAAAAGUCGUACGGUCAGAAACCAAAGUUCGUUUUAAAGUUCUUGAAUGAAAAAAAUGCCGUUGAAUUUAUUAAAAAACCAGUUUCCGUUUUAUCGCACAAAAAUGUUAAAACUAACCAAUAAAUGCCGCUUUUGGCCACUUUCAUUCCAAUUUACUCAAAACCCAGAUGUGCUAGGCGAAUUCUUCAAACGGCAUCGUAUUCAGCGCAAAAAAUCUUCGGAAAAAAUAUGGUCGCACUUCGGGAGAAAGAAAAAUGUAGAAGAUUGUACAAGUACUAUGACGCUGAUCAAGAGAAUUUCCUACGAUGAGGAAAAGAAGAAAAAUCCCGAGUUGAAAGAUUCCGAUAUACAAAUUUUAAAGGAUUGGUGCAUGAAGCAGCCGCAUCUUCCAAAAAUUUUAGACGUUGAAUACGUAUUGUUUUUGCACAGUAAUUACUACCGUAUCGAGGCUGCUAAGAACACCAUCGAAGAAUAUUAUACUUCCAGGACUCACAUGCCAGAAUUUUUCUCCGAUAGAGAUCCACUUGGAACAAAGCAAUUACGAGAGGUAUUUAGAGUAACGGCGCAGAUGACAUUGUCAAUGCCAACAAAAGAAGGAUAUAAACUUGUUUAUACGAGAUUAAUAGAUUAUGAACCAUCACAUUUUGUUUAUAACGACAUUAUGAAGUACUUUUCUAUGAUAGUUGAUUUGUGGCUAUACACUGAAGGAACCGCCGAGGGCCAUGUAAUUAUUAUAGACAUGGCAGGUGUUACCUUCGCCCAUGCUGGUCGUCUCAGUCCAUUAGGAAUUAAGAAAUAUCUUUAUUAUUUACAAGAAGCUAUACCAAUUAGACUUAAAGGUCUGCAUUUUAUUAACACCAAUGCAGUCAUGGAUAUUAUUUUGUCGAUGAUGAAGCCCUUUAUGAAGAAGGAGUUAAUGGAAGUGUUACAUAUUCAUCCCACCCCGAAAGACACGCUGGGAAAGUUUAUGCCAUUGGAAGCAUUUCCAUGCGAUGUAGAUUUAGGUGGGAAAGCUAGACCGUACGAGGAACAACAGGAGGAGCAAUUAAAAAAGCUGGAGGAUCAUCGUGAAUGGUUUCUACAAGACGAAGUUACGGGUCGUGUAAACGAAGCAUUAAGAGUAGACAAAAGCAAGACGAUGGACAUGUUCGGGGUCGAAGGAAGUUUCAAAAAAUUAGACAUAGAUUGUAAAGAACAACACCGAUCAAGGUCGAUCAAAGCAACGAUGUUACCAAUUCAAUAUGUCAGUAUAGAGGAAGAGUGCAAACGAAAUCCGGAACUCAAAAUGUCAGAUUUGCAAAUGUUGAAGGAUUGGAUGGAAAAGCAACCUCAUCUGCCACGAAUAGAGAUGUUAUAUCUUGUUUUGUUUCUACAUAGCAAUUAUUAUCGUAUAGAGGCGACUAAGAAGACGAUAGACAAUUUUUUCACCAUAAGAACGCUUUUGCCAGAAGUGUUCUCUAAUAGAGAUCCAAUCGCAUGGAAGGAAUUGCGAAAAGCCUUUUCUACCAUAGCAGCUGUGCCAUUAGAGCAAAAAACCAAAGAAGGAUACAUUAUGACACUUGCCAAAUUUCUGGAUCCAAAUCCAAAUAAAUUCAACUAUUUCGAGUGCAAUAAAUAUCUACUUAUGACUUGUGAGAUACAAAAUGUGGUACAAGGUACCAGCGAAGGAUUGGUUGUUAUUCUUGAUGCAAGUGGCUUGUCUUUUGGUCAUAUCGCUAAUAUAAAUUUAAUAGGAUUGAAAAAAGGUUUAGUCUAUAUACAAGAAGCUAUUCCGGUUCGUUUGAAGGCCUUACACAUACUCAACACCAUGUCUAUGGUAGAUACGCUAAUAAAUUUAAUAAAACCUUUUAUGAAGAAGGAAUUGAUGAAUCUUCUGCAUUUUCAUUCGAGCAUGGAAACUGUAAAGAAAUUUCUACCUAUCGAAGCUUUGCCAAAUGAGUACGGUGGGAAAGCGGGACCUAUCGAAGAAAUAGCUGCUAAGCACAUCAAAUUGCUGGAAGAAUUUCGCGAUUGGUUUCAAUAUGAUGAAGUUUACUCACGAGUGAACGAAUCUUUGCGAGUUGGCAAAUGCGAAAGUGCAGAAAACUUAUUCGGUGUAGAGGGUAGCUUUAAAAAGUUGGAGCUAGAUUAAUCAGUAAAAUUUUUAAUAAUCUUCUAAACGUUCUCUCUCUCUCUCUCUCUCUCUUCAAGUACUACAAAAUA